AUGAACGCUCCCGACAACAACACCCAAGGAGCCAAGCGCAAGGCUGAAGGCGUUCCAGAUGGCGGUCGUGGCCAGAAGCGUCCAGCUAUUCAGCUGUUCUCUCCUCGUCGCAUCAUACCAGCAUUGACUACCGCAGGUGCCACCAACACGGUGUCUCAGCUGCGACCCAUCAAGGCAGGAAAGAAGUCUAAGCCAGAUCUCUUCAUCAACAAGCAAAAGCCUGCUCCACCAACUACACCAACACAUGCUGCUGAUGGACCGCCACCAAGCUCUGCAGGUCCUGGUCCAGUUCCAAGAAGGGCUGCUACUCCCGGUCAGGCUCCGUCGUCGAAGACUGCUCCUCUAGUUCCGACUUCAUCCUCGAAGGCUGCUCAGUCCCGUCCGAUAUCAGGCCCAAAGACUACUACGACCACUCCCAACUCGAAGAUACCUCUGCCCAACAUAUCGUCGAACGGAGCUGGCUCACCACCAAAGGCCGUUCGACCGGCUGUCAAGGAUCAGCAGAAGGGGGGUCCGUACAAGAAUGCCCAAAGACCCGAGCCAGGACCAUCACACGCACCACCGCUUCGACCAGCCGAUGCUCCGGAUUUCCACACCACUGCCGCUGAUGGCAGCUCCAACGACCACAAGGCGUACCUCGCAUGCCAACAAGAGACCCGGGAUAAGUGCGACUCCUACCUCCAGAAGGCAGCGGUCGUCCUCGGCGAACCCUGCACUUCCACACGUCAGCUGCUGUUUCUGGGCAAUCAUCCAAAGCGUAUGCCCCUAGCCGCGCGCGACAACAGCACCGAGUACCUCGAGCACAGUUCGGAGCUGCUCGAGGUCACUGGUGGCAAGCAGAGUUCGGCCUUCUUUUGGCAGGGUAAAGUUUCGGAGAAACGAUACGGCACCAAGCUUGCUGCGUUGAGCCCAAACGAUCUGAAGGAGGCGGUCUAUCAGGCGCGACAUGCAGUGGGAAAUGCCGCAAAUGAGGCCCGUCGACAGGACAGAGUUCAGCAGACCAAGAUCCAGAAGAAGACGCAUGAGACUAUCAAGAAGGGGCGAGCCAACUCAUUCCAUUUGUGA